CGCUUUUAGUAGGUUUUGUUCUGUUGGUGAAACGCAACGUUUUCGUUUCAAGUGCAUAAAUUAUAUUGAUAAAAAAAAAAUUACUUCUCAACUUUUUAUCACAAUUUAAAUUGGAUUAAUUUAAAUUCAAUUUUACGGAUUUAAUUAUAAAAAUAUAGAAAACAGAGCAAACGCUUAACUAAACAACAACAAAAUGUCGAACUUGAAGUGCUUUGAAGAUGAAGACUCCGAGUCUGUAUACGGACGUGUCUUUGCCGUUUCUGGUCCCGUCGUAACAGCUGAAGCCAUGUCUGGAUCAGCUAUGUACGAGUUGGUGCGUGUCGGUUACUUCGAACUUGUGGGAGAAAUUAUUCGUCUUGAAGGUGACAUGGCCACCAUUCAAGUAUACGAGGAAACAUCCGGUGUCACUGUUGGUGAUCCCGUCUUAAGAACUGGUAAACCACUUUCCGUAGAAUUGGGACCUGGUAUUAUGGGAAGCAUUUUCGACGGUAUCCAACGUCCAUUGAAAGACAUCAACGAGCUCACCAGCUCCAUCUACAUUCCAAAGGGUGUUAACGUUCCUGCUCUGUCACGUACAGUUGCAUGGGAAUUCAACCCUCUCAACGUCAAAGUUGGCUCACACAUUACCGGAGGAGACUUGUACGGUUUGGUGCACGAGAACACCCUCGUCAAGCACAAAAUGAUUGUUGGACCUCGUGCCAAGGGUACAGUUCGUUACAUUGCCCCAGUUGGCAACUAUCACGUCGAUGAUAUUAUCUUGGAGACCGAAUUCGAUGGUGAAGUCACCAAGCACAGUAUGUUGCAAGUCUGGCCUGUACGUCAACCACGUCCAGUCACAGAGAAAUUACCCGCCAAUCACCCCUUGUUGACUGGUCAACGUGUAUUGGAUUCAUUGUUCCCUUGCGUCCAAGGAGGUACCACUGCCAUUCCCGGAGCUUUCGGUUGUGGCAAGACUGUCAUCUCCCAGGCUUUAUCCAAGUACUCCAACUCUGACGUCAUCAUCUACGUCGGUUGCGGUGAACGUGGUAACGAGAUGGCUGAAGUACUCGGUGACUUCCCCGAGUUGUCAGUUGAAAUCGAUGGUGUCACUGAAUCCAUCAUGAAGCGUACCGCUCUUGUUGCCAACACAUCCAACAUGCCUGUAGCUGCUCGUGAAGCCUCCAUCUACACUGGUAUCACUUUGUCCGAAUACUUCCGUGACAUGGGUUACAACGUAUCCAUGAUGGCUGAUUCCACUUCCCGUUGGGCUGAGGCUCUUCGUGAAAUCUCUGGUCGUCUCGCUGAAAUGCCUGCCGAUUCCGGUUACCCAGCCUACUUGGGUGCCCGUUUGGCCUCCUUCUACGAACGUGCCGGUCGCGUUAAGUGUUUGGGUAACCCAGAACGUGAAGGUUCUGUGUCCAUUGUCGGUGCUGUAUCACCUCCUGGUGGUGAUUUCUCCGAUCCCGUCACAUCAGCUACUCUUGGUAUUGUCCAAGUGUUCUGGGGUUUGGACAAGAAAUUGGCCCAACGUAAACAUUUCCCCUCCAUCAACUGGCUCAUUUCGUACAGUAAAUAUAUGCGUGCCUUAGAUGACUUCUACGACAAGAACUUCCAGGAAUUCGUUCCACUCAGAACCAAGGUUAAGGAAAUUUUGCAAGAAGAAGAAGAUCUUUCCGAAAUUGUGCAACUUGUUGGUAAGGCUUCGUUGGCUGAAACCGAUAAGAUCACUCUCGAAGUUGCCAAGCUGUUGAAGGAUGAUUUCCUCCAGCAGAACUCGUAUUCGUCGUACGAUCGUUUCUGUCCCUUCUACAAGACCGUCGGUAUGUUGAGGAAUAUCAUUGCCUUCUACGAUAUGGCCCGUCACUCGGUUGAAUCGACAGCACAGUCAGAGAACAAGAUCACGUGGAACGUGAUUAGGGAAGCCAUGGGUAACAUUAUGUACCAACUUUCUUCAAUGAAAUUCAAGGACCCCGUUAAGGAUGGUGAAGCUAAAAUCAAGGCCGAUUUCGAUCAACUGUACGAAGACCUGCAACAAGCUUUCAGGAACUUGGAAGAUUAAUUAAAUUAAUUUUUUGUUUCUUUUACCUACUAUCGUUGUUGUAAUAUGUAGCUUGUUAAAUAGUAAUUAAAAAAAAAAAGAAGAUGCCUAAGUCUUAAUGAAAAUCCUAAGCAAUAUGUAAAAAAAUGAAAAAAAUAUGUGUCCUGUUUUUUUGGUUGCGCACAACUUUAUUAUCCAUUCCCGAAUAAGAGUAGCAACAUUGUGUGUAUUUUUUUUUUCUAUAUUUCGUUUCGUGUCUUUUAUAAAUCUAUUUUUCGUUUUUCCGUCACAAAAAAUGUCCUUCCAAAAAAGAAGAAAAAAGAAUUC